UUAAGCGGAAGUGAUAUAGAUACAGACAGACGUCUUUUUGUAAUCGAAGAAAGCGACAAGUUGAACGAAUUAUAUAUAUUUAUAUAUAUAUAUGUAUAUAGUUCUAGGACUAUUCAGAAAAUGUACAGUUAUAAUGCUUAAAAAAUUACUUUCCUAAACGAUGGCGGGAUUGGAAAGUUACGAAAGAGUAUAUCGUGGGAAACCUGUGUCUAAAUCUUGGGAAACUGGAAAUAAUUUUCCAUAUAUUUACCAUGGACAAGAGGUUAUUCGUCCUUUAGAUGUUCCUGUUGUGCAUCCUCUAGUCGAAGAUAAUCCACCUUCCGAAGGAGAUCUUACCGUAAAGAAAUAUAUGGUAGCUAGUUGUGGAUUAGCAACCUUAAUUACAGAAACUUUAUUAGUUCAUCCCCUUAUUGUUCUAAGACGGCAGUGCCAAGUAAAUCCUGGAUUGAGCAAAUAUCAUAUAAUACCAAUCACUUUGGUACCUGUGGUCAUACGUCUCCAUCAAACUCAAGGAAUAAAUACAUUAUGGAAAGGAAUUGGAUCGGUGCUGCUUGUAAAAGGGAUGUUGUUAGCUAUCGAAGAUUUCAUUUCUAAAAUAACACCAUGGCCAAAAGAAAUAACAUGUAAUAGUUCACUGAAAGCAUUUGGACAACAUAUCCUUCUUAAAUGUAUUUCUUUAGGUUUAGUAGCACCAUUCUAUUCUGCAUCAUUAGUAGAGACGGUACAAUCUGAAAUUGCAUCUGAAAGCCCUGGCAUAUUGGAUGUUUUUCGAGAUGGUGCAAUUCGUUUAGUUGAAGUGAGCAACAAAGGCAGACUAAUUCCCAUUUAUUCUCUUCUACCGCCAACAAUUGCUUAUGGAGUAUCUAAAUAUCUUUUCACUCUAGCCGUUCAAGGAGUUACUAGUCGUAUUAUGCAUAUUAGACAAAAGCAGUCUCAAGAGUUAAGAGGUGCAUAUAGCAGAGACUUGCUGUCAGAGACUGUUACACAAGAUAUAGAAUUACAGUCGUCGUUAGUUUCUACGUUCCUGGCAGAAGCAUUGUUUUAUCCUUGGGAAACGGUGAUUCAUAGACUUCAUCUUCAAGGUACGCGAACCAUCAUCGACAACUUGGAUACAGGUCGUAGCGUGACACCGCUAUUGACAGGAUAUAGCAGUGCAAGAGACUGUUACAGUACGAUUAUAUCUACCGAGGGACCCCUUGGUCUAUACAAAGGAUUUGGUGCUCUUAUGUUAGAAUUUACAGUAAAUAUUAUAAUAGUGCGGGUUAUUAAAUGGGCUUUCACAGAAUUACGAACAGUACUAAGACCAAAACCAAAAUCACGAGAGCCCAUCAAUACACGAGAGCCCGCUCCACAUUGGUACUACAACAACAUAUAAAACAGCAUCAACUUUAGUAUUACCUUUUAUGUUAUUAUAUAGACUGUACUAUACUUAUACAUGCAUAGGCAUGAAAUUGCUACACUGUAGUGAGUUGGUUAUUCUCUUCUUUUGUUAUUGCCAAAUUAGAUCAAUAAUUUAAUGCUUUCAGUAAUUUUGAACAUUUUAAUAUCUUUUGAUUCAUUAUGGAAUAAUCAAGCGAAUAAAAUUUCCAAACUAUUGUGUACGUGUAAUUUAUGAUACUUAAAUAUAUAUAUCAACGAGGAAUAAAAGAAUUUUAGAAUUGAA